GUUCGUUUUUUUCCGGGUUUUUUCUUCUUCUUGUUAUGUGUGCCGAGGUCUCUCAACCCAGCAGUGUUGACAAUAGGGAGGAAAAAGAAACAGCCCCGAAUCACGAAACGAGCCAAAGGAGAGAACAAUCCUGGGGUUUUUUUAGGGGGGGAAGACACGUGGAUCAGUACCGGGAAUGUAAACGCGUUGACGUAAUCGUUUUAUAUCGCCGUUUUUUUUUGCCAUUGAUGGGAGUUUGAGGAUUAUUCCGUUUGAAAAAAAAAAGGUACUCGUGUGGUUUUUUUGUGGCUGUUUUCAGGCCACAUUUUCCUGCUUGUUUUUGCUGCUUGAAGGAGGUGGGGGGGGGGGGGAGAGAGAAACACCCCGUCUGUUUGCACCGAGCUGGAGGUUAACGGUUAGCCCCCGGUAGAUUCCCCCCCCCACAAAAACAAACACAAACUGCCGCGGUCUUCGUUGCAGAGGAUCAAAGCAGGGCUAUGUCCUCGGCAGCCACCACGUCGCCAUCUGUGGACAAAGUGGAUGGAUUUUCACGGAAGUCUGUCAGGAAGGCCAAGCAGAAGCGGUCGCAGAGCUCGUCCCAGUUCCGCUCCCAGGGCAAACCCAUCGAGCUCACGCCCUUGCCCCUGCUCAAGGACGUGCCGGCCCCGGAGCAGCCGGAGCUGUUCCUGAAGAAGCUGCAGCAGUGCUGCACCGUGUUCGACUUCAUGGACACGCUGUCGGACCUGAAGAUGAAGGAGUACAAGCGCUCCACGCUCAACGAGCUGGUGGACUACGUCACCAUCAGCCGGGGCUACCUGACGGAGCAGGCCUACCCCGAGGUCGUCAAAAUGGUGUCUCACAACAUAUUCCGGACUCUUCCGCCCAGCGACAGUAAUGAGUUUGACCCCGAGGAAGACGAGCCUACGCUCGAGGCCUGCUGGCCGCACUUACAGUUGGUAUACGAGUUCUUCAUCCGGUUCUUGGAGAGUCAGGAAUUCCAGCCCAGCAUUGCCAAAAAGUACAUAGACCAGAAGUUUGUCCUACAGCUCUUGGAGUUGUUUGACAGUGAGGAUCCUCGGGAGAGAGACUACCUGAAGACAGUCUUGCAUAGAAUUUACGGCAAAUUCCUGGGUCUGAGGGCUUUUAUACGAAAACAGAUCAAUAAUAUUUUUCUACGUUUUGUUUAUGAGACGGAGCACUUCAACGGGGUGGCGGAGUUGCUGGAGAUCCUGGGGAGUAUAAUCAAUGGUUUCGCUCUGCCACUGAAAGCGGAGCAUAAACAGUUUCUGGUCAAAGUGUUGAUCCCCCUCCACACCGUCAGGAGCCUGUCCCUCUUCCACGCACAGUUGGCGUAUUGCAUUGUACAGUUCCUAGAGAAAGACCCAACAUUAACAGAACCAGUCAUCAGAGGCUUACUGAAGUUCUGGCCAAAAACCUGCAGUCAAAAAGAGGUGAUGUUUCUGGGCGAGCUGGAGGAGAUCCUGGACGUCAUCGAGCCCACGCAGUUCGUGAAGAUCCAGGAGCCGCUCUUCAAGCAGAUCUCCAGAUGCGUCUCCAGCCCGCACUUCCAGGUGGCGGAGCGAGCGCUGUACUACUGGAACAACGAGUACAUCAUGAGUCUGAUCGAGGAGAACUCCAGCGUCAUCCUGCCCAUCAUGUUCUCCAGCCUCUACAGGAUCUCCAAAGAGCACUGGAACCCGGCCAUCGUGGCGCUGGUCUACAACGUCCUGAAGGCCUUCAUGGAGAUGAACAGUACCUUAUUCGACGAGCUCACGGCCACGUACAAGUCGGACCGCCAGCGUGAGAAGAAGAAGGAGAAGGAGCGGGAGGAGCUCUGGAAGAAACUGGAGGACUUGGAGCUGAAGCGCGGCCUUAGGAGCGACGGCAUCAUCCCCACUUAACGAAGACAGCUUCACCCCCCCCCCCUGCUGUGACUCCCCCCCGCCCUCCAUCCUAACCCCCCCCCACCCCACCUCAGCCAUGUCUGCCCAGAGCUCCUGAAGACCCAACCCGGACCUCCGCUGGUUUCUUCAUCGUUUUUUGGGGGGGGAUUAUUUUUCUUAUGUUUUAUUUUUGUUUUGUCCUCCUGUGUUUUGUGCGACUUACUUUUAGGUAGUUUCAUCACGUCUUGUUUUCAUUAUUUCAACGGCAAUGUAAAUAAUACAUUUUUUUUCUCUCCCCCUUUAAAAAAAUAAAUAAAAUGAUAUUAUUGCAAAUGGAUAAAACAACAACAAAAACAAUAAUAAUAAUAAAGGAAGAACAAAUAGAAAAUGAGAAAAUGACUUGUGUGGGAGGGGGGAUUAAAACAACAACAAAACGUUUGGACUGUCGGACUUGAGACAAACUCUUUGAAGAAGAAAAAAAGAAGAGAAGAUUGAUUUUAACUCUUCCUCCUCCUCCUCCUCUUCUUCUUAAGCCCCGUGAGUCAUUUUUAUUUUCCUGGUUCUCCUCUGCUCCUCCAUCUUUCUGUCUCCUUCCUUUCUAAUGGUGCAUCUGUUUAUGGUUCCCCCCCUCUCCCUCCCCCUUAAGGUUCCUCUCUGGCCCCGCCCACCUGGCCGUGGCCCCACCCACCUGUCUCCACAUUUAGAAACAGGAAGUUGCUCGUACACAAGCCCCUCUUGAUUGCGUUUACAUGCGUGUUCACGGGAGAGUUAUUGAUAUUUUUAUUCAAUCUGGGGGAUCUAUUUUUUAUUUUCACAAACUACAUAAAUAAUUUGAUCUUUGCAUAAAAAACAAAAACACCACGUGAAUUAUUCAAAAUUAGUUGUGUUUUAAAAUCACACGUUUUUUGACCAUCAGUCGCACUGUAUUUCCUGUGGCUGUUUCACAAUAAAAGCCUCUGUGUGUGUGUGUCACAAUUUUAAUGUGAACCAGCAGCUCUGAUGCAGCCAAUCAAUCAUUCAAUCAAUCAAUGGGGGGGAAACUUCUGUCUGAGAUGAAAAUUACCAAAGUUGAUGAAUAUGCACUCAUGAACGGCUCCAACAGCGAAAACUACGACGGAGGUAUUUUCAGAAUGUAAAUAAACUGGAUUGUUGCAUAAAUAUUGACUAUAAAAAAACGCAAUUGGGGUUUGAAAUAAUUUUCCUCCACCA